AUGAACAAGGGGCUGAUUCUGUCGGGUUCUAACUGUUCAAAUCAGUUUCCAAUCGGAAUGAUUGCGAGGCUGACUACGAUUAAUGAAAGAAAAGGCUUGAUUCUCGCAAUAGCCUACACCCCAACCGGCUGCUCACGGUCGGGCCUGACCGCACUUUCCGCCUCGUCUUGGUUGUUUCAGCCUCUCCAGCAGACGUCCACAGUUCGAAUCCCUCGACGAGUUGAAAUUACAGUUGAGAGAUAA